GGUCUGAAGAUGGGUGCUCUUUCUCAAGUCAUAUUUUCUCAGCAGUCAAGUAUAGAGCUCUCGACUAUUCUUCUGAGGCUUCUACUAGUCUCAAAUUGACCAUGAACUGGCUGGCCCUGCCAAUGCCCUACCAUCUGGGUAGCAGUGACCUCUACCCCCACACUGGUAACCCCCCUGAGGUCACCUACAGGAAACCAUGGAGCAGAGGGAAUGUGAUUUCCAACUGCAAACUGUUUGUCAGUGGAUCUGUACUAGAUGACUUGGGCAUUAAAGGACAACCAACAUACUCUCUUGAGAAGUUGAGUGUUAGUCUGACCCAGAUGAGAGUGGAUCUUCUGGAGGUGAUACCGAGCUCCAACCCUAACUCGCAGCUUGACUUAGAUAGAGAUGAAGCAGCGUGGGUCCUGCGAGAGGCUAGGAAGGACAAGGGACACUUUGUCUGUAAUGAAUCCUUUAGCAAGAGCACAGGAGAGAAAAUGAGCCCAAGACAUCAGCGUGAUGAUCUUGUCAUGCCAGAGGAAGUUCUGUUUGUUGAUCACUUGCCACAGUUCAGGAAACAUCUGCCCUCCAUGAAAGCCAAGUUGUCCAGACUGAGGAAUCUGCCUGUGUCAGAUCCUCUUCUCAGCUCCACUGGAGGCACCCUGUCAGAGGAAGCUAUAUUCAGGCACUGUGUGGCCUAUGAGGUACCCCUUGAUGCAGAGACGGAAAGCUCCGAAACCUGUUCAAACACUGACGAGGACUUUAGCAAAGAGUCGUUGUUGAAUGAAGAGUCUCUGAUGUUACCUGUUGAAAUGGACACCUGCACACCCAAGAGGGAAGAUUGCCUCCCUUUUUCAAAUAUUCCUAAACUAUUGAAUGUUGUACCUGAAUUGAUAGAGGAGCGAACCUCUUGCCUGGAUAUGCUCACUAAAGCAACUCCCCCAGAUGCACUGGAGUCAGUAGACAUAUCCCAGUUUGAAGUGCCAAGGCUGCCACUCAAUGACUCUCACUGUGAGAUUAAUGAAAUGCUGCUGGAUCUCAAGUCAUCAGAUCACUUGGUGUUGCCUACUCAGAUGGAGAUGGACCUACCCCUCACCCCCUCUCCCAAGCCCAACCUGACCCAGCUCUGUCUGGCCUCCUCCCAACUCCCAGCUGAGCAGAUCUCUCCACUCUAUAGAUAUUAUUUUGUGUCUGAGAAAGAUCAGGAGGAGAUGGAAGAGGCACUUUGGAGGGCAGAGAAGCACCUUGACUUGGUAGUGGGCUUUCUUUUGGCAGAGCCUCAGAAGUCAGAAUCCGUUGUGCAGCUCCAGCCUUUGACCGAAGUCUUAUUAGGGAUUGGUCGGGACAACUCUGUGAGACUCGAUGAAGGAAUGGAACUAUCACUUCUGGGAACAAACUCACCAGAACUGAUAGGGAUGUAUGGGAAUGGUUCCUCUGACUUCACUGAGAGUAUGAUGAUCUCAGACCAACCCCACCUUAUGGAGGCAUUGAGCAGUAUGAUAGAGGACUUCACACUACUAUCACCCUGCCAGAUGGACAAUAUAUUGAGGGAAUCUGUAGAUGACUCUGAGUUGUCAGGCCCACCAAGUGAGAUCAAAUGCAGGUCUAUCCUGAAGAAUGCAACGCCCAUGGUUGUGCCGUAUCAUCAGGAGAGAGAGGGAGCUGGGAACACAGUCGUUUCAGCACCAGCUGUUGCCACUUCCCAGGAGAGAGAGAGGACCGGGAAUGUGGCCCUCACAGCCCAAGCAUCUACUUCUUCCCAAGAGAAAGAGAGAUCUGGGACUGUGGUCUUUUCAACGCAGGCUGUUUCAACUUCUCGUGAGAAAGAGAGAGCUGGGAGUAUGGCCAUCUCAGCAGCACAGGCUACCACCACUACUUACCUGGAGAAGUUAAACCAUGCCGUUAGACCUCAGAAGAAGGAGGGUUUACCUGACCAGAGAGCUAAUGUAUCCAAACUCCCAACCCCCAGACCCAGUGUGAGAGACCGUCACAUGAGUCUCCCAGUGGCUAAACCUCAGAAGGACUUAGACCCUCUGUCCACUUUCAUGAUGUUAAGGGCCCAACAGAGAACCUACAUCUCGGUGUUGCCUCAGAACCAUACAAGCACCCCAGUGGCACAGGUGGAGCAGCAGACACCACAACCACCUACGACAGAAAUGAGGCCUGGCUUCGAUGUAAAGCCUGUUGCCUAUGCAGUCACAGGAAAUGACAUCAGCGACCCUGAGGAAAUCAUUCAGCCUGUCCCUGAGGACAGACAUAACAGCAAAGUCAUACACGUCCAAGCCACAGAGAGUCAGUUCUGGGCGUACAGAGAGCUGCAGGCGUUUGCUCUGCCCUGCCUGUCCAGAGCCAGGGAGUUGGGACUGACCAACACAGCCUGUGGAGACUACAGCACCCUGUACCCGGACCACACACGUUUCCUACUGAAACAGCAGGAGAAGGAGCUCAGCAUUCGACAGGGCCAGGUGAAGGACCUGCUCUUCAAGUGUGACCUUAGCACUGCAGUGGAGUACCUAUCCAAGGCCACAGAGGCCUGCGCGGGGCAGAGUCUGGACAAGCUGGUGAGAAAGCUGGAGAUUAUUCUAUAUCUCAGUCAGAAAAAACAAGAGGCCAACCCUAAGAUACUGGAACUGCAGGAACAGCUGACCACAUGGGUGCAGAGCAAGAGCAAAGGGGUCCAAAACUCCAAUGUUCUGGUGCUAAUAACAAUGGACUUGGACUGUGCCAGAGCUAUGCUCAUUAAAGCCCUGAGCCAAGUCACAGGUGAUACUGUAGCUGCACUGUAUCCUGAGGAGAGUCGAAGUAAGCUGGAGGGUUCGAAAGUUCUAGAUAGGCGAGUAUCUCCCAAAACUCUAUUUAUACAUACUUCUUUUGUUUAUUGGAACUCCUAUUGA